UCCAUAGUUAACUCAUACCAAUGAUACCCCAUACCACACAACAAACCAAACUAAGACCUUCCCAAACCCCUAACAAUACCAAAAGUUUCCAAUGGACUUUUAAUUGCCUUUUGUUUUGGAACAACGUUAAGAGCUAGCUAGCAAUGGUAUGUUUCUGCUUCUUGGUGGAUCAGAAGAGGAAGAUGAGGAGGACCAAGCCGGUGGCCGGGAUGUGCUCGCGGUGCGGCUGCAGCGCAAGCGUCGCCGAUAUGAAAACCGCCACCAGAAUCUGUUAUAUUCCAUUUUACUGGAAAUAUUGGAAGGCUAUUGUGUGUACUUUCUGUGGAGCUAUUCUUAAAUCUUACACAUGAAUAUUAAGUAUUGGCUGAGACACAAUAGUCUUAUAUUUAUGUUUUAAUAUUGAAACUUGUAGCAGUAUUAUUAUUAUUAUUAAUUUUUUUUUUUUUUACGGAUAACUAGAAUAUUCGGACAAAAUUAUCGAGACAUCGUGCAAAGCUUCCCAAAACUUGGGGUUUCAUAUGAGACUCAGAUCAUGUAAUCUUUGAAGUUGAAUUAUUGAGGUUUUCUUGUCAAAGAUAGCUCUUUUUUUUCUUCAA